GGGGUUAAAUACUUUGUGUCCAGAUGUAUCAAAUUUCCCGACUUUUGGCAUGUGGACCUAAUUUGUAGCCGAAAGAGAACAGGGCCAAAGCCCAAAUCUUAUAGUCCAAGAUUCAACCGCGGCGGGGAGUGAAGAAGAAAUAGAAAAGAAAAAGAAAAAAAAAACAGCUUUAGAAGGAGAAGAAGGGAAAUGGCGGAUGGACGGAGAUGAGAUGGAGCUAAAUGAAGAGAGUGAUGGUCCUCGUCGGUGGAGCGGUGGCGUAGAAGGCUACUGGUAUUGGGCGGGGGCAAGUUCGGUCCAAUUAUUAUGGGCUAUUUUAUCUCUCCGGCGAGGUUAUGCAGGCGAUUCUCGUUUAAUGCCUUUUAAGGCCUUCGGCGUGGCAUCCCUCUUCGUUGGCUCCGCCGCUUCCGCCACCAUCGGUUCUCUCCGAGCCUCUGGCAUCCACUCGGUGGAUGACAUGAAGACUCUAGGUGCAAAUAUAAGGUCUGGGCUUGGAAUACGACCAAGAGCACAAGACAAUUAAUUAUGGUUAUGUCAUGGCAAACCUAUGGCAUUCAGGAUCUCCCUUCCUGAUCUUGCCCUGAAGUGCUCGCAAACACAAAGCUCAUCAUUGAAUUUUUAAUCCUUCGUGGUAGUGGAGCUCAGAAGCAAUCUCUUUUGAGAAGUACUCUCUCCUUUAGCAAUAUGACGAUUUUGUGCAUUUUUAGUGCAUGAUGACUGUUGUUUUAAAAUCCCUCUGAAUGGAUGCUUUUGGAGGUGUACUUUUAUGUGAUAGUGGCCAUUUUAAUGUUUCUUUUAGUUUUAAGCUGAUCUGUUUCUCAGUGAUUAAAAAUAAAAAAAAAAGUGGUCUGUGGACAAAUUCAUAUGGUCCAGUAGAUUAAUAAACUUAAGCAGUUGGUUACA